AUUAAUUUCAUGGUAGAGAAAGGCCUAUUAUAAAUACAAACCACAAAUUCCCCAUUACAUUAUUAUUGAUCUAAAACAUAUUAGAGUGAUUUGUGAGAAUGAUAUUGUUGUGGUUUGUGCUCUUAGUGCUUGUCACACCUGCAAAUGUGGUGAGUUUAGAGAGUGAUCAACCACAAUGCAUACCAAAAGAGAGAGAGGCUCUACUUAGCUUUAAGAAAACUACUUACCAUGUGAAAGAUGAUGAUCUUGUUAAUUUAUUUUUACUUGAUCCUAAUUUUGAUUAUCUCUCCUCAUGGGCCAAUGAUCAAAAUUGUUGUAAUUGGAACGGCAUCAGUUGUGACCAACAAACCAAUCAUGUUACCGCCAUAGAUCUUUAUGGCGGUUUAAAUGUAAUUGGUGGUGAGAUUGAUUCUUCUUUGGCGGAAUUGCAACAUUUGAACCACUUAAUGCUUGGGAAGAUGAACAUUAGUCGAAUUCCCAAGUUUAUUGGUUCUUUCAAAGAGCUUACAUAUCUAAAUCUUUUAGAUAACGAGAUUACUGCGAUUCCAAAUUCUAUUCGCUCUUUGAAAAAUCUUACACAUCUUAUUUUUGGACAUAAUAAGAUUACUAUGAUUCCAUCUUUUGUUGGCUCUUUUAAAGAGCUUACAUAUCUCAAUCUUGUUGGAAAUCCUAUUAGUGGAGUUAUUCCUCCCCAACUUGGAAAUCUCACCAAAUUGCAAAGUCUUGAUCUUUCAAGCUCAUCUCAAAUGAGUAAUUAUGAAUGGAUUUCGCGUCUCACUUCUUUGAACACUUUAACAAUGUCAGGAGUGAAUUUCACUGUGGAACAACUUCAGUCAUUCAAAGGAGCGCCUUUCUUAUCAAGCUUAUCCAUUUCAAAUUGCUUGUUUCCCAAGGUAGAUAAUUUCUUCCUUUCUCAUACAAAUGCUUCCUUUCAAUCUUUGCAAGAUCUUACUCUAGAUGGAAAUUCAAUACAUGAUCCUUUAACAAUUACAUGGUUGUUAAAUUCUAGUACUCACCUCAUGCAAAUUUCUCUCUCAAAUAACAUCAUAAAUGGUUCUUUUCCAAAUUCCUUUCAACAAACAAAAUCUCUUCAAUUUGUUGAUUUGUCAUCUAAUGAAGUUGUUGAAAGUGGAGUACCAAAAUCCUUAGGCAACCUUCCCAACCUUAAAAAAUUAGUUUUGUCUCAUAACAAUCUUGGUGGAACAAUCCAUGAUGUGCUACAAAAUUUAACAGCUGGUUCCACCAAGAAUUCAUUGGAAAUUCUAGACUUGAGUUUUAACCAACUUGGAGGAGGGUUGAUUCUUGAUCAUGACUUCAAAAAUAUUUUUCCAAAUCUUCAAGUUUUCAAAUUGGAUGGGAACAAGUUGAUAGGAUUAUUGCCUGAUCUUUCCUCAAUGCCAAAUUUGACCCUUUUUAAUGCAUCUAACAAUAAGUUCAAUGGUAUUUCAAGUAAUGGUAUUGGCAAUAAUCUUGAUUAUCUUGAAACUUUAGAUAUUUCUUCAAACUCUCUUGUUGGGGUUAUCUCUGAAUUGAACCUACAAUAUCCCAAAUUGGAAACACUAGAUUUAUCUUAUAACUCAGCCUUGAGAUUGAAAUUCAACUCCAAUUGGGUCCCCUUGUUUCAACUUAGUUCCAUAAAAUUGAGGUCUUGCAAGUUAGGUCCAAAAUUCCCUACUUGGCUCCAAACCCAAAAAUAUAUCUACCAUUUAGAUAUUUCCAAUAGUGAUAUCUUUGGUCUUGUUCCUUUUUGGUUCACAAAUAUAACUUCCAACUUAAAUUAUUUAAAUAUGUCCCUAAAUUUUCUUAGUAACACCUUGCCAAAUUUUCCAAUAGGAGAAAACAAUAGGGCUGUAGUUGACUUGAGCUUCAACCAAUUCCAAGGUUUUGUACCACUUUCAAUGUCUUUUAAUGCAACAAUAUUGUUUCUCUCCAACAACAAUUUUACACAAUGGUUUUUAUGUGAAGGAAAAGAAAAGUUGAAGGCAACAACAAUUAUUGACCUUUCUCAUAAUAAUCUAUUUGGAAAACUUUCUGAUUGCUUUGAGGGUUUCCAAAAGUUGAUUGUUUUGAAUUUAGGAUAUAAUAUGUUGUCUGGCCAAAUUCCAAGCUCAAUUAAUAUGAAAACUAUUGAAACUCUACAAUUGAGGCAUAAUAACUUCUCAGGAAAUUUGCCUUCCUCCUUGAAAAAUUGCACUUCACUUCAAGUUCUAGAUUUGGCCAAUAAUAACUUAGAAGGAAAAAUACCAUCAUGGAUUGGAGAAAGAUUAAGCAAAUUGGUUUUCCUUAGUUUGAAGUCAAAUAAAUUUCAUGCAAGUAUACCAUUGAAUCUUUGUCAUCUUGUUCAAAUUCAAGUACUAGAUUUAUCAAUCAACGAUUUAUCUAGAACGAUUCCCUCUUGCAUUAAAAAUAUAACUGCGAUGGUUCGAAAUGAUGAUCAAAAAGUCACCAUUACAUCUUCAAGCAUAAUGAGAUAUAUGUUUGGCCAUGUGUCAUUUCUGUAUGAAAAUGUUGCAUCAAUCACAUGGAAAGGAGUUGAUCAUGAAUAUGUCAAAAUUCUUGGUUUAUUAAGAAUUAUUGACUUUUCAAGUAACAAGUUGAAUGGAGAGAUUCCGAUUGAAUUGAUUAGCCUUACUCAAUUAGUUCAACUGAAUCUAUCAAGGAAUAAUUUAUUCGGAAAGAUUCCUGAAAAUAUUGGGAGCUUGACUAAGCUUGAUUCACUUGAUUUGUCCCACAAUAAAUUAGAUGGUCUAAUUCCCAUAAGCUUGGCUAAUGUAACUUCUUUGAGUUACAUGGAUUUAUCAAAUAAUCGAUUGUCAGGAAGAAUUCCAACUGGUACUCAAUUGCAAACUUUUAAUGCUUCAAUGUAUUCAAUGAAUCUUGGACUCUGUGGACCUCCUCUGUCAAGUUCAUGCCCGGGAGAUCCUUCAUAUUCAACUCGGGACAAUGAAGGCGGUGACAAAAAUGUUGGAGAAAUAUGGUUUGAUUUGCCAUGGUUUUGUAAGGGAAUUGGUGCUGGAUUUGUUAUUGGAUUUUGUGGUGUUUGUGGAAAUUUAUGGAUCAAUACUUCUUGGAGACUUGCUUAUUUUAGAAGGAUGGAUAAUAUUGGAGACUGGCUUUAUGUAAUGAUCAACAUAAAAUGGACUUUGUUGAGGAGAAAAGUACUAUCUUUGCAAACUUACUCGGACUCACGGCCAUAACACAAUAAUUUGGAUGGAAUUAGCUUAGAGAGGAUGCAUGCAAUUACAUCUAAAUAAGAAGCUACAACUCAAUUUCUCCAUCUCAUUAUUUUGAAUGAAAUAAAUAUAUAAUUAUUUGUGUUUUGUGAGUAGACAUAGAUAAACAUAAUGAUGGAAUAUAUUAUUUAAAAUCAUUUAUUUAUUGUAUUUUAUUUUAUAAAUGAAGGAUGCUGCAUUUUGAUUUCUAAAAUUACUAUUUUAUUUCAAGUAAUUUUGAAUCUUUUUAAUUUAUGUAUUUAAAUGGUAUUUUUAUAAAGCAAGGUAAAAUAUCAAAGUGUUACAGACGA